AUGAUAUCACUACACCGACUGCUAACCCUCCAAAAGUUAUCCCCACUAUCCUCUCAAUUCUCCCGUAAGUUCCUCUCAGCAGCGUACCCAUGCACCGAAGCGUGGAACCGUCGCCUAGAAUCUCCUCUUCUGAGUAAGAUAAACCCCCGAGACUUGUUCCUGGAGCUCGACAAAAAGCUGUCUCCAUCCGGUAAAGUCUCAGCAGUGGACGUGGACCUCUUCGCGCACACCAUCAACGAGGAAGACGCGACCGAGGAGUUCAUGGACAUCCUCCACAGAUUCCGAAUGACAGCAGAGACAUCAAAAACCCUGGAAUCGACCCACCACGCGGUGAUCAGGUUCUUCUUGGACAACAACCACAUCGACGAGUUGCUGACAAUCCUGGACGACAGACUCAACUACGGGAUUUUCCCGGACCACUUCUCCAUAAACUUGAUUCUGAACCAUCUGCUGAAGGUCCCGAACCACGUGGCAGCUGUGAAGGUCGCCUCCCUGUUGAUGCUCCAGGAGGACAAGGAAAAUCCGCUGUGCAACGCCCUGGCGCUUUACUCCUGCGGAAAACUCCUCGAGGAAGGCUUUGACAAGUGGGAGCUUCCUCCAGAGCCUGUCGUAGACCCCAAGGAGGAGGUCGUCAAGAUCCGGGUCAGGUACCUCAGGAACCCCUACUUCGACGACCAUUUUGAUCUCAAGGACCCGAAGGCCAUCACCGGGAAGACGAUGGUCUUCUUCACGAAAAAUAGAGACGACACUCUCGGACGCAGUUGUCUGCUUCUCGGGUACGUACUCUGGGGCAAGCACAAAAUGGCCGCUGAGUGUGUAGCGAAAUGGCGGAGCGUAGAUGGCGCUGUCUUUAAAGAGGUGUUGGAGAAGGUGGAGGGGGAGUUGAAGCUUCAGAAGGAGAAAUUUAAGGAAGGCGAGGAUUUGAAAGACUUUGAGAAGCUCAGGGAAGAGGUUAAGAGUUUGAAGAGUCAAGAGGGAAGUUUGGUUGACAAAAUGGCGGCCGAGGUCAAAAUGGCGGUCGAGGAACAUGAACAGAAAAUGAUUCAGGAGCAGAUAGAGACCUUUAAAAAAUGGGAGGAGGUCCGUAUGGCUGAACUGCAUCGUCAACUGGAUGAACUGGAUAAGCAGGCAAGGUUGGAGAAGGUGAAGAAGAUGAAGGAGGAUAUGAAGCAAGAGGAGCGCUUGCUAACUUUCUUCGACCACGAGGAAGAAAUCGAGCUCAAGAUCGAGGACAAGCUCCAGCGAGAGCUCGAAAUGUACGGGCCUCCGUCCAAGAAAAAGAUCGACGAGGACGACAACUACGUGCCUCCGGAAAUUAAGUCGCGUGCUGCCCGUAGAGGGCGCUAG